AUGUCAUUCAAGAAAAAAGUUGUUUUGAUUACUGGCGCGGGAUCCGGUAUAGGGAUGGGUAUAGCUAUACGUUUUGCAAAAUCGUCUGCCAAACUGUCUCUCGUUGAUAAAAACUCUGAUAAACUUGAUAAAGUUGUACUAAAGUGUGAAAAUGAGAGUAAAGAGAGAGUUUUAAAAAUUGUUACUGAUAUUUCUGUUAGGGAAAACAUAAAAAAUAUCGUCAAUAGUACAUUACGUGAAUAUGCUAGAAUAGACGUGGUUGUGAAUUGUGCUGGGACCUCAGGCAAUGGAUCCAUCACUAGUAAAGAACUAUUAAAUGAUUUGGACUUAGUUCUUAAUAUUAAUCUUAAAUCUGUUAUAGCAUUAACACAUUAUGCGGCGAAUUCGUUAAUAGAAAGCAAAGGGUGUGUGAUAAACAUAGCUAGUAUGCUGGCACAUUUUGUAGGGAAAGGAGCAAUUCCUUACAUCGUAGCUAAAGCGGGUGUAUUACAUUUCACAAAAUGUGCAGCUUUGGAAUUAGCCGAAAAAGGUGUGAGGGUAAAUUCUAUCUCCCCCGGGCCGGUUAAGACUAAUAUAUUGUUAAAUAUAAUUCAGGAUCAGGAAAAAAGUGAUGAAUUCUGGGAUAAUAUAGGAAAACAAACUCCAUUAGGGUAUUUAGUGAAAGCGGAAGAAAUAGCUGAAUUGGCUUUAUUUUUAGCAAGCGACAAAGCAAUGAGUAUUACUGGCAGUGAUUUUCUUAUUGAUGCUGGGUCAACAUUAUGUAAAUUAUAA